AUGGAAGAGAUCCGAGCUGCCCAAUAUCCAGAUAUCAAAGACGAUCACAGCAAAGCGAACGACGAGAAGAUAAUGUCAACUUAUCUGAAGAGUAUAGCUGAUAACGGAGGUUCAUGGCCUGAACAGUUCAUCGAAGACACAGACGUGUUCAACAAGAAUCCAAGCGAGGUAUUCGAGUCUGAGAACCCUAUCUUCGUCUACGUUUACCCUAGAACAGAAGCCUGUGGUAGAACCGAUGGAUGCGACUCUGGUUCGUGGAAGAUCAUCGGUCAUGAUAAACUUAUCAAGAACGAGGAUACUGGGAAGUUUCUAGGGUUCAAGAAGAUUCUCAAGUUCUGCGGAAAGACCAAAGCGAGAGAUUACAAGAGAAGCUGGGUGAUGGAGGAGUACAGGCUUCCGAAUAAAUGGAACCCUAAGCAAGAUCACGUGGUUUGCAAGAUUCAGCUUUUAUUCCAAACAGAGAUCAGUUUCUUUCUCUCCAAGCAUUUCUCGUGUUCAUCAUCAGAUACGCUUCUUGCUCCAACACAGUCGUUGACAGCUUAUGGAGUCCGCUUAGCCAAUUCACAAGAAGAUGGUGCAUAUUAUCUGCAGAUGAUAUUAGAAUCUGGUGGAGACAGCUGGCCUAGCUACGUCACCAACGACGUGUACUGCGUGCAUCCAUCGACGCUUGCGGAUCACGAAGAUCAGAGGUUUAUAGAAUUCGGACUGUGCAUCUUCGCUAACCGGGAAGAGGCUUGUGGUGAUACCGAUGGGUGUGAAAGCGGAUGCUGGAGGAUCAAGAUGGAUGAUUAUUCGAUCUAUUCAAUGAGCCAUGAGGUUAUGGGUUUCCGGAGGGUUUUCGAGUUCUGCGAAGAGGAUGAAGACAGAUAUUUUGGUAUUGAGAAAGGAGAAGAAGUGUUGCUAACAUGGAUUAUGGAAGAGUAUAGGCUUGUCGAAGAGGCAAUGAAGGAUAAAGUGUUGUGCGUCAUCAAGAUUUGCAGAAUUCCAUAG